CCAACCCACAUAAGUCCAUUCACACUUUCUCUAACCGACAUUGUGUGGUUUUCAUCUCUUUUUUUGCUUCAAUUUCUCUUGGUUGUGUCCAAGAAGAAUAUCAUUCCCAUUUUACAAUUCUAGUCCUGCAUUCAUGGCUUCCUCCAACCGACACUGUAUGGUUUUCAUCUGUUUUUUCCUUCAUCUUUCCUUCGUCGUCUCCAAGAAGAAUAUCAUAUCCCCACCCUGCUGCAAUUCUAGUUCCGCAUUCAUGGCUUCCUCCUCAUCCUCUGCUCAGGAAAGAUCAACUGCAUCUCCUAAACAAUACGAUGCAUUCAUCAGCCACCGAGGCCCUGACGUCAAAGAAACCCUUGCUAAACAACUCUAUGAGCGUCUUAAGGCUAGACAGUGCGGGGCAUUUCUAGACCGUCAAGAGAUAGAAGGGGGAGAUUCUAUUACAGCUGCCAUUGAAAAUGCCAUACGCUCAUCUGUUGUGCAAAUAGCCAUUUUUUCUAAAGGAUAUGCAGAGUCAAAGUGGUGUUUAGAGGAGCUUGUUCUUAUGUUAGAACAAACUGAUGCCCUCUUUAUUCCUGUCUUCUACGAUGUCCACCCUUGGGAGCUUCGCCACAUCGAGAACAACAAGUCUCAAUAUGCUGCGGCAUUUUCUGACUAUCGAAUGAAAGGCAGGUAUCUUGAUAAGUUGGAUGAAUGGAAAAAGGCCCUCGCAUGUGCUGCAGACAUAUCUGGUUAUGAACUUAGCCAGUAUCAAGAGGAUUUGGGUGAAAAGAUUGUGUCCCGUGUGCUGCAAGAAACGGAAAAGAAGAAACCUUUACAUGUUGCAAAAUAUCCGGUUGGACUUGCAGUAAUAGUCCAAGAUUUUGAAAAUUCUUGUUCGCAGACAGCAGGGACUGUGGGGAUCUUUGGUCUAGGCGGGGUUGGCAAGACCACCCUGGCAAGAGAAUUGUUUAACAGGAAGCGUUCAAGUUACAGUGCAUCGUCCUUUCUCUCUGAUGUCAGAGAAUCACAUGCUAGAGGUAAAUUGCACCACUUGCAAAGUCAGCUCUUGAAAGAUCUUUUCCCCGAAGAUCAAAAGAUUAAAGAUUUAGAUAUUAGGAGUGUGGAUGAAGGAAUCGGAAAGUUGAAGGAUCGUCUGGGAAGGGCAACGCAUUUGCAUUUCCUUAUAAUCCUAGAUGAUAUCGAUCAAGAGAACCAGUUAGACGCCCUAUUACCUGAAGGUGUACUGGGUUCUGGUAGCCUAGUAAUUAUUACAACCCGUGACCAGAGUGUGUUAAGGGGUGCAGAUAUCAGUUAUAAGAUGAAGGAAAUGGAUAAGGAUCAUGCUAUGGAGCUUUUCUCUAAACAUGCUUUUCGCGGACGUGAUCCACCCGCUGCAUAUGAGAAAUUAAUUGAAAGUUUCGUGGAAUUCUGUGGAGGUUUACCCCUCUCACUGAAAGUUCUGGGCGCCCAUGUUUAUCGUAGGGAUGAGCAUUAUUGGGAGCUAGAAUUGGAAAAGGUUAAGCAAAUUCAGCCUAUGGAUAUAAUGCAAAGGCUUAAAAUUAGCUUUGAUAGCCUGGACAGUGAAGAGAAACAGAUAUUUAUUGAUAUAGCUUGUCUUUUCAAUAAGAAAGAAAUACCUGAAGUGGAAAGGGGAGUUAGAGUUGUAGAUUAUAUGCCUAUAAAAGAUAAAGCUAUAUCAAUCUGGAAGGCGUCUGGUUGGAGCGCAGAACAUGCCGUUCAAACCCUCCAAGAUAAGUGCCUAGUCGAAGUGGUUAUGGGUUUUAAAUACCCACUCUUUCAUAUGCAUAAUCACCUCCGCGAUCUGGGAAGACAAAUGGCAGAUGAGUUGGGCCCUCCUCGACUGUGGAGACCAGACAUUCUUAAAUCUAUGGAAGCAAAAGGAUUUAAACAAAUCCUAGAAGAAACAAAGGGCAGGUGUUUCCAGUCUUUCUGGGAUUUGGCGCUUGAACAGAAAAUUACUUAUUUUAUAGCAGAGACUGGCCUCCUGUGGCUUGAAAUUAGACCUAGCUUUGUAUUAAAAAAAAUUUCUUCACGAAUUCCUUCCUGGAUUCCUCUACAGAAAUUGUACUUUUUAAACGUUUGGGAAGUGGAAGAAUUGUGGAGCACAUUCCAGCAACAGUUCCAGACCAAUAUGCAGGCCAGUUUUGAGUUGAGAAAGUUAUGGAUUUGGGACUCUCCCUCUUUGGGAAAGCUUCCAGAAUCAAUGGCAAUGUUCAGUCAUUUGGAAGAAUUACGUAUAGUAAGGUCCUUGGAGAAGACAGAUUUAAUAUCCAUGGUGCAAUCACUGGGUCAGACAGAUAUAACAUCCUUGGCGCAAUCACUUAAACAACUUAGUGAUCUUAGAUCAUUGUUCGUGGAGUGCACCAAGGAGUACGGCUUCUGCGGAGGGAUUUUUGAUCUGAGCAAAACUAUGGCUUCAACUGAUUUGGAUUCUUCUGCAAGCAGCCUCAUGGUUAGACUUGAAAAAAUAGAACUCAGUGGUCCUAAUAAUAUAUCAAAGUUGCUAAUUAGUGGAGAAAUUUGUCCUAUACUUCGAUCAGUGAAAGUUGGGUGGAUGUAAAAUUUAAAAGAAAUGGACUUAAAGCAACUAGAGAGACUAAAUACCCUUAAAGUGUAUCAAUGUUCGAAAUUGGAAGCAAUAUCAGGCUUAUCUACUCUACGUCGUCUGGAGGAAAUCAUGAUCGAAGGAUGUGGUCAACUGCAACACGUAGAAGGGGUGGAAGAGUUGCCAGGAUUGAAAAGUCUGGUAGUUGAAAUGCCUGACGAUGGAUGUGCAUGGGUACGGAAUUACAUUCAUGGAUUGGAGAUGCUGCCGUUAAAGAAAAUCAUUUUGAUACAGCAGGCAAUGGGUGAAGCAUCAUCCAAAUUAAAUGCAAAUUUCUUUUCUGACGUGAUUGAUGCCCAAACAAUCUCAGAGAUUGGGAGAGAAGAGUAUACACAAUAUGAUCGGAAGGUGAAGAUGAAGAGCUCAUCAAGUGAAAUCACAAUAUAUGCUUUGCUUGCAACAUCAGUACAGGAUGGUCUAACAUUUAAAUUCGAUGAAAUCGAAUAUUGGUUGCCAUCUCAAGGGGAUCUGUUAAUUACAGUUUUACUCAGCAAACAUGAUACUGAAGGUAGACUAGUGAGCGUGACAAUAAAGAAGGGUUUUAAGGUCACAUUGAAAGUUGGGGAAGAAGGCAAAGCUUUAGCUAUAUUACAAAGAAUUGUUGAUCGAUUAUACAGACAAGAAAUGGGAGUAAAUGUUGAGAAAACAAUUGAAAGUAUGCGAGUUGAAGAUGUGGGAACAGAUAGAAGUAUGGGAUUUCUAAUGCGCAUUUCGUUGAUUUCAAUUAUUUUCAGUAUUCAACUCUGUAAGAAAUUUUUGUAUCAAUGUUUCAGAUCACACCCCAUGAACCAUCAUUAAGAUGAAAGGAAUAGUUGCAAGAGAAAAAUGAUGAAAUUAAAGUAGAAAGUAGAUGGAAAUAGAUGUAAGUUAAAGCAAAAGCAAAGGUUUUAGA